GCGGCUUGGCGCGCCAUGGCGCUGUUUCACAUCUUGCGGUACCCGGGCCCGGAGGCAGCGGCAGCGGCGGAAGAGGAAGAGGCCGGGGCGGGCGAGCGGGCCCGGGCGCUGCUCGAGCGCCUGCAGAGCCGGGCCCGCGAGCGGCAGCAGCGGCAGCCAGCGCCUCCUGAGAGGGCCGCUCACUCCGAGGCAUCUGGACGGCGGCGGCGGCGGCCCCGGAGGCGGCGGCGUGGUAGCUCGGAGGCGCUUGGAAGCUCCGAAUCGCCGCGGGAGAAGCGGCCGAGGGAGGAUGACCAGCACGAAUGCGCGGAAGAGCGAGGGCCGGGGCGGCGGGCUGGGCUCCCCUCCCGAGCGCCGGCGGGAACUGACGCUCCGCCCGGCCCGGGUGUGCGCACAGAGAGCAAAGAGGAGUCUCCAGCGGGGCACGGCGCGCGCGCCGAGGCGGCCCCAGACGGACGGCCCGCGGAGGAGGCGGCUGAGCCCACGGUCUCCGCCCUGAUGCUGGGGGGCUUCGGGAGGAGGAAGGCACCAAAGGUUCAACCUUUUCUGCCAGCAUGGCUGGCUGAACCAAGUUGUAUCCAAAAGAACAUUGCUGAAGGCCUUGUUCCAAUCGAGGACAUCCCUGAGGUCCACCCUGACUUACAAAAGCAGCUACGAGCACAGGGCAUCUCAUUCUAUUUUCCAGUCCAGGCUGCUGUGAUCCCCACCCUCCUGGAGAGUGCAGCUAACGGGUUUCUGGUGGGCAGAGGCGGCUACCAGCCCAGCGACCUCUGUGUUUCUGCCCCAACAGGCAGUGGGAAGACACUGGCCUUUGUCAUCCCUGUGGUACAGGCCCUGCUGCAGCGAGUGGUGUGCCAUGUACGUGCUCUGGUUGUGCUGCCCACCAAGGAGCUGGCCCAGCAGGUGAGCAAAGUGUUCAACAUCUACACAGACACAACACCUCUGCGAGUUGCCCUAAUUACUGGACAGAAGACACUGGCCAAGGAGCAGGAGAGCCUUGUACAGAAGACAACAGAUGGCUACCGCUGCCUAGCUGACAUCGUGGUGGCCACUCCUGGCCGCCUGGUAGACCACAUUGACCAGACCCCAGGAUUCAGCCUCCAGCAGCUCCGGUUCCUGGUCAUAGAUGAGGCUGACAGGAUGAUAGACAGCAUGCACCAAUCCUGGCUGCCACGGGUAGUGGCAGCGGCCUUCCAGGGGGAGGGUCCCCCAGAUCCCUGUGUCCUGCUGCAGAGGAGGCAACUCCAGGCUGUGACUGCUGCCAGCACCUGCUGUCCCCAGAUGCCUCUGCAGAAGCUGCUCUUCUCAGCUACUCUGACCCAGAACCCUGAAAAGCUACAGCAACUGGGCCUCCACCACCCCCGGCUUUUUUCCACAAGUCUGGCAUGCAAGGGCCCCCAAGAUGCAGACGGGGAUGUGGGAGGGAAGUAUGCCUUCCCUGUGGGGCUCACGCACCACUACGUGCCCUGUAGCCUCAGCACCAAGCCGCUGCUUGUCCUGCACCUGAUCCUAGAGAAGAGCUUCUCCAGGGUCCUCUGCUUCACCAACUCCCGAGAAAACUCACACAGGCUCUUCCUGUUGGUGCAAGCUUUUGGAGGUGUGAGUGUGGCUGAAUUCUCCUCCCGCUAUGGACCUGGCCAGAGGAAGAUGAUCUUGAAGCAGUUUGAACAGGGAAAGAUCCAACUCCUUAUCAGCACAGACGCCACUGCCCGUGGCAUUGAUGUGCAGGGUGUGGAGCUGGUGAUCAACUAUGAUGCUCCCCAGUACCUAAGGACCUACGUGCACCGGGUGGGGAGAACAGCCCGAGCUGGGAAUGCUGGACAGGCUUUCACGCUGCUCCUCAAAGUGCAGGAGCGGAGGUUCCUCCGGAUGCUGACUGAAGGUGGGGUGCCUGCACUGCAGCGGCAUGAGCUCCUCAGCGAGCUACUGCAGCCACUGGUCCCUCGGUAUGAGGAGGCCUUAUCCCAGCUGGAGAGGACAGUCAAGGAAGAACGGAAGCAGAAGGCAGCCUAGGGUGCGGACUUGAAGAACCAAAGGGACCAAGCCCUUUCUGUCCUGUCGUAGGACAACAGUCACUGCCUUUCCCUCCUUCCUGAGAACUCUGAGCAGUGGAUGCUGUACUUGAGAAAGGACAAGAAUUCUUUGGGAUUUCUGAGGAAGCAGCCAGUGGACAUGGCCUUCUUCUCCAGGCCCCUCUCCUCUGAGACUUCAUGGCUUGUUGCCUUUACAACCUGAAGUUUGGCCUGAGAUCAACAUGGCCUUUGUAAAUAAAGUGUCAGUGAAACUGAAAAA